AAUGCUUGAUAAUUGGUAUGCCAUUUCCAACCAUUUUUUAGUGACUCCAUUAGAAAGGGACUUCUCUACACUCCAACUAUGGGAGAAUAAGUUGAUGAGGAUAUUGUAGCUUCAUUUGAAUAAAAAAGAGGAAUCAAUUAUUAACAUGAAUAUAUGAGACUAUACAUUGCUAAUGUAGUCUUGACUCAAUAACUAAAAGAAUUGCUUUCAGAAAAAGGAGAUUUAGUAUCCAAGAUCAAUAGACUAGAAGUAUUUACUUAAUAAAAUAUUAGGAAGCAGAAAUAUGUAAAACUAAUUAUAGAAAACUGGAUUUUGAAGACUCAAAAAAAUCAGAUGGACCCUCAAAAAAAUAAAUGGGUACUUUAUUUAUAAUUAUCAUUAGUUCAGAAGGUUCAAUUAAAUACAAUGAUGAAAAUGUAGUACCUAAUCAUCAAUAUCAAACUAGAAAAUUAAUUAAGAAGAAUUGA